GGGUGCAGUGUGAAUUACUCUUUUCUGUGCAGAUGGUAUGGUGUAUGCUCUGGGGGGAAUGGGCCCCGACACGGCCCCGCAGGCCCAGGUUCGGAUGUAUGAACCCCGCCAGGACUGCUGGCUUUCGUUACCCUCUAUGCCCACACCCUGCUACGGGGCCUCCACCUUCCUGCAUGGGAACAAGAUCUACGUCCUGGGGGGCCGCCAGGGCAAGCUUCCGGUGACUGCUUUCGAGGCCUUUGAUCUGGAGGCCCGCACCUGGACACGGCACCCGAGCCUACCCAGCCGCCGGGCCUUUGCUGGCUGCACCAUGGUUGAAGGCAGUGUCUUUAGCCUGGGUGGCCUGCAGCAGCCUGGGCCCCACAAUUUCUACUCCCGGCCACACUUUGUCAACACUGUGGAGGUGUUCGACCUGGAGCAUGGGUCCUGGACCAAGCUGCCCCGCAGCCUGCGCAUGAGAGAGAAGAGGGCCGACUUCGUGGUUGGCUCCCUCGGGGGCCACGUCGUGGCCAUCGGGGGCCUUGGAAACCAGCCAUGCCCCCUGGGCUCCGUGGAGGGCUUCAGCCUUGCACGGCAGCGCUGGGAGGCACUGCCUGCCAUGCCCACGGCUCGCUGCUCCUGUUCUAGUCUGCAGGCAGGGCCCCGGCUGUUUGUUAUCGGGGGUGUGGCCCAGGGUCCCAGCCAAGCUGUGGAGGCACUCUGUCUGCGUGACGGGGUCUGAAUGCAUGAUGGCACCUGUUCAUUGAAGCAGCUUGGUGCCGGCACAGACGUCUGUGGCUCCUUUGGCUGCAAGGAAGCUCACUGUGUCUCUGUGGGAUGAAGGGGACCCAGGGGUGGGUACUCAAGACGCUGCCUCGGGGACUUGGGGCCCUCGUCUUUAGUGCGGGACACAUAUACACUCUAUCCCCAUUCAUUCAUGGGGCGCUCCUGGCUCCAUCUCUGCUCAGCUCUGGAACCUACUGGGCCCAGUGUGGCACCGGGAAGUGGAGGGAAGUGGGGGCCAGCCUCAUGCCCCACAGGGCCAGGCCGACCUGGAAUUGACCAGGCUGUCCGGAAAAGUCCUAGCUGCCAGCCUGCCUUGGGGCUCCUGUGGACGCAGGAGACAUGGAGGGAAGGAAGAGCGGCCGUGGGAGCCUCCAGAGGGCCAGAGGCAUGGCGCUUUCACGCUCCUCACACUCUGCUCUGGGGCCUCGGGCACGCCGCUUCACCUCUGUGUGCCCGAGCAGCCCCAUGUGCCAAGGGGGAUCUCUAAAGCCUUCCUGCCUUCCUCACAGGGCUGUUGUGAGGACCAGGGGGCCACCCGUGCAAGUAAAAGUGCUGCUGAAACCUG